AAAGGUUUCCAUUAAAAAGGAAGUUCCCUAAUUACCAUACCUAUUUCUUCGGGUGUAAGAAAUUAAUUUGACAACCAAUGAAACCCUUACUUGUUCCCCAAUUAAUUAUCUCCUAAACGGAAACCUACAGAUAUCUAUAAAUUCAUAGGAAUAGAACUCAGAACCCUCGCCUCACCUCUCACUAUUCCUAUUUCUGUUUCAAUUUUAUUGAAAAAAAAUUCCAAGAAUGGAGCAUCUGCAAGAGGGUUUUAUUCGAUUUCGUCCUACUGAUUCAGAACGACUUAAGUACUUAUUGAGAUUCAUUGCUAAACAAGAGAUGAAUGAUUCUGGAAUUAUCACAACAAACAUCGACGUCUAUGGCGGAGAAGAACCAUGGGAAAUUUACAAUCACGGCGUACCCUGUGGUAAUGAUGAUGAUAAUGCGGACAGCAGUAAUUAUCGCUAUUUCAUUACAAAGCUGAAGAAGAAAAGCAAGUCGGGGUAUAAUCGAGAGGUAGGUAAUAAAGGGAGUUGGAAACAGCAAGAUAAGGCUAAAUCAGUUCGCUACGAAAAUACGGGAAAUUCAUCAUCUGUGAUUAUUGGAUGCAAAAAGAGCUUGUGUUAUGUGAAUAAAGAGUACUAUAAUCAGAAUGAUGGACAUUGGGUGAUGAAGGAGUACGAACUCUCUAGUGUUAUUCUUCAGAAAUUCGACGAAGAUCGUAGAGAUUAUGUUCUUUGUGCCAUCAAAAAGAUGCCACAUUCUGCUGAUUAUGCAAGGUGCCUGAAUUAGGAGUUCUUGAUUAUCAAUGGGAUGAAAAGGACUUAACUGAUUUGAAUUGGAUGUUAUGUGAUAAUUGAUAUGCCUGAAGUUCUUGAGAUGUUGGCACAAAACGAAGCUUUUGAGUUCUAUUGAUUAACUGUAUAUUCAUUCUUGAUAGAUAUAUGGUAGAGAUUUGAUUAACAAUGGCAUAUGUCCAUCUUUUUAUCUUUGUAAUCAAAUGGCCUGAUUAUUGUCAUUCUUUUUAUGUUGAGAAAUAUUAAGGGGGAAUAAGAAAGAUUGUUUCCUUUC